GUAACUUCAGCUGUGAUGUGGGGCUUGGAACAUCUGAAAAGGAGGACUGGGAAAUACUCCUGUACCUUCAGAAGUGUCCUAAGUAGAAACAUGCUGCUCUGAUGCUGCUGUUGGCUCAAACAUAUUGCAUAAUGCUCUUAAAAUCCUACAACAAGUCAGGCAUCCUGAUAUAGACUGAGGGUGCUUAAUAUUUCAUAGUGAUGAGCUUAUCAGGAUGUCUUUUACUGAUACAUUAGACAGAGGUGGAUGAUGCAUUUCUCUGUCUUGUAGAUGGGAGACAGUAACACCCAGAUUCUCAGUGAGCAGUGGGUCAUGCACUGUGUUAAGAAAGAACUCCAGCUUCAAUGUUUGACACUUUUUUCUCUCAUAUGUUUUAGUGUUAAGAUGGCAGAAUAACCAUGGGAGACUGGAAUUUCCUUGGUGGCAUUUUAGAGGAGGUCCACAUUCAUUCCACUAUUAUUGGAAAGAUUUGGCUAACGAUCCUCUUCAUAUUUCGAAUGCUUGUCCUUGGAGUGGCAACUGAGGAUGUUUGGAAUGAUGAACAAUCUGAAUUUAUAUGCAAUACUGAGCAACCUGGUUGCAGGAAUGUGUGCUAUGAUGAGGCCUUUCCCAUCUCUCUCAUAAGGUAUUGGGUCUUGCAAGUUAUAUUUGUGUCUUCCCCUUCCUUGGUAUAUAUGGGACAUGCCUUAUACAGACUAAGAGCCUUGGAGAAAGAGAGGCAAAAAAAGAAAGCUCAGGUAAGGGUGGAACUUGAAAGCACUGAACUAGAAAUGACUGAAAAUAGGAAAAGGCUGGAGAGAGAACUCCGACAGCUGGAUCAAAGAAAGCUGAACAAAGCACCCCUGAGAGGCUCUUUGCUCUGCACUUAUGUGAUACAUAUUUUCACAAGAUCUGCAGUGGAAGUCGGGUUUAUGAUUGGGCAGUAUCUUCUUUAUGGCUUUCAUCUAGAUCCCCUUUAUAAAUGUAAGAGAGAUCCUUGUCCAAACACUGUUGACUGCUUUGUGUCUAGACCAACAGAAAAGACAGUGUUCAUCUUAUUCAUGCAAUCAAUAGCAACCGUAUCAUUGCUUCUAAAUAUCCUUGAAAUUAUCCAUCUGGGAUUCCGAAAGAUCAAAAUGGGACUUUGUGGGCAGAGUAAAACCAAGGAUGACCCUGAAAAUUUCUGCAUAAACAAAUCUAAGAAGUACUCUGUGAUACCACACUCUUCUUUGGGAAUAGCCACCACCCCUCAAAAAACUCUUCCUUCUGCACUUAGUGGCUAUACCUUCUUAAUGGAAAAGCAAACUGGGGCCGCUGUCUACCCACUUCUAAAUGCUCCUCCCAUGUUUCAGCCUGUGCAAAACAACCGUACAGAAAGCAGCAGCAAUUACACUCACUGCAAUCAGGACAUCAAGUCUCCAAAGAAGAGGCCAGCUACAAAUGCUUUAGGCAAUCAGACUCAAAAUACCAUCACCAAUAAUAAUGAAGGCUUGCUUGGAGAGCUUGGGAAAGAAGCACAUGAUGUGCAAAAAGAAGCUGAAAAGAAACAUUUCCUUGUUGUUACUCAGAAUGCAGCUCUAGCUUCAAGCAUGUGCUUGGGAAGCUGUGCUGAAACGGCAUCUCAAACUUCACUACAACCCCACACAACUUUUCCCGUUACCGGUUUCAGAAGACAACAUGGAAUCAGUUCAUCUUGGAACUGCUCAGCAGUGGCUGAGAGUGCAGAAGCUUCUACAAACUCUCUUCCAAAGACCAGCAACAGAAGACAGAGCACUUUCAGUGCAGACAAAGCCCAAGCUCCUUGCAAUGCUGAUGUAAAGAAAUGUAGUCGACCAGACACUCCUGACUCUACAGGCGAGGUGAGCUCAGGGUCUAAACAAAGUAGAACCUGUGACAGCCCUAAGCCUUUCUCUCUGUCUAGACGAGUGUCCAUGUCAAGCAGUGCCAGCAGCAGGCGAGCACCCACUGAUCUGCAGAUAUAGCACCAGUUAACCCUCAAUCGCACUGAUCAGUUCUGGGUAAUUACUGACCACUGAGACACAAGCAGGACCUAUGUGUAAGAGUAGCUAAAUUACUGAGCUUGAAACAGUUGUUCCACAUAGCUAGAAAAGCACUUUGGAUCUUAGCUAAGUAACUUUUAAACAGGCUCUUAACUUCCUUUGUAAUGAAAAGGUGGCUUAGACCUCAGCAUAUAAACUUACACAUUAUCCUUCCAGCUCGAAAGGGAAACACACAUCAUGUAGUCCACAUAUUAGGAAAAGUCAGACAUAAAAUCACAGCUAAUACUAUUUAAACUGAAUAAAACUAGAAGACAAAAUUUACAGUCUAAUAAUGUAUUUUACAAAGACCAAUAAAUGAAAUGAGACUAAAGACAGCACUGGUGCUCUCAGGAGAAAUUCAUUAUCAGUAAAUAUAGUUCUGCUUAAUCUCUCUGAGAAUUCACACAGGCAUUUGAGCACUGCCUGAAAGCAGAAUGUCAAAUGUAUUCCUGUUUGAACUGCGUUAAAUACAAAAAGAACAAAGCAUUUGAUACAUGUAUCACUAAUUCGCGGACACCGCAGUAUACUUUUUUCAGUGUAUCACCAUUGACUUCCUCGGCAGAAAAAGCAGAGUGAAUCUCUGUUAACAUUAAAUACACUAUUACAGUUUCCAAGCACUGUAAUUUCCAGGUGAGUUACAAGCUUUAAUUGUCAGAUUUUGCAUACAACUAGUAAGUUAUCUUUUUCUUUAAUCAGCAAACAAGUUAUUGGAAUUUAUUAAUGAGAAGUUUUGGAUUUCACCAACCAGACUUACUAUGGGGAACAAAUGGCAAUACCGUGCUACUUUCAGUUACUAUGUCAAAAAAUAUAGAAAAGCUUUAUCAAACUGUAGAAUUACUCCUUUUUUGUCUGUCCCCUAAAUUCUGCAAGCUUUUAAAUUGAAGAAUGCUUGUAAUUGUUUAGAAGGAGCUUUUUAUGGGGGUAAUAGAACGAAUAAAGGACAUUCAUCCACUUGCUGCUCCAGGCAAGUUCCAUGGAAUGGAUGGAAAGACAAACAAAAUACUGUGUUACAUUUGUAAUCGGUAGGUCUAUGAAUGAAAUACGUUUACUUGAGUGGCUCAGCACUGACAGGCUGCAAGUCCUUAGCGAGGUGGCACAUCUGGGAUGCAGCAGCGUGUACCUGUGUGGCUUUUGACUUAAGGUACGUGUACUGGAAAGAUAAUAUGUGAGAUGUAGCAUCAUGAUAUUAUGGCAUCAUUAAA